AUGCUUUUCCGUCGAGUAUUCACUAGUGGACUAAACGCAGUUAGAUCUUUUUCCGUUUCGAGACAGCUACUUGGAAACCUGAGCCCUGAACUUAAAACAAAGAUUCAAGGACUGGUAGAGCAAGGAGAUGUUGUGUUAUUCAUGAAAGGUUCUCCAGAUCAACCCAUGUGUGGAUUCUCCAAAACCGCAAAAAUGGUAGGUGGUGUUGUUAGAAUAAAAUAAUGUAUAUAGUAAUUUUAUUAUUCUUUAAAUUACCUGUCUAUCCAUUUCCAACCUUUGCAGAUUUUGGAGUUCCAUCAGAUCCCUUUCAAAUCAGUAAACGUGUUGGCUGAUGAAGACGUUCGGGAAGGCAUCAAGGAGUUCAGUGACUGGCCUACGAUUCCUCAACUUUAUGUUAAAGGACAGUUCGUUGGGGGAUCCGACAUUCUUCUCCAGAUGCACAAAGACGGGGAAAUUACCCAAGUCUUCGAAGAUAACGGAAUAAAGAGCAAAUUCUCAGAUCAGGAUAAAAUAUAA